CCGUGGUUUCGUCCGGUGCAACAGAAUAACUGGUCCCCCACUAUGUGCCUGAAAGGGUCUCCUUAGAGCGACAACAUGGCGAGUGUUCGCAUUGCGUCUAGGUUGCUCUCUAAGAGUAUUUUGUCCAAAACUAAAGCAGUCCCUGUUGCUGCAGUUUAUGGUUCAAGGAAUUUCCAUUUCUCCGCCUAUGGAAAGAAGAAAAAUGCCAAAGCGUCAGAUGAUAUCUCUACCCAGUACCCAGUUGUUGAUCAUGAGUUUGAUGCGGUGGUGGUAGGAGCUGGCGGUGCAGGACUGAGAGCAGCAUUUGGCCUCUCUGAGGCUGGCUUUAACACAGCAUGUGUCACAAAGCUCUUCCCCACCAGAUCUCACACUGUUGCUGCACAGGGAGGAAUAAAUGCAGCUCUGGGGAACAUGGAGCAGGAUGAUUGGAGAUGGCAUUUCUAUGACACAGUGAAGGGAUCCGACUGGCUCGGAGAUCAGGAUGCUAUUCAUUACAUGACGGAGCAGGCCCCUGCUGCUGUAGUGGAGCUGGAGAACUUUGGUAUGCCAUUCAGUCGUACUGAUGAUGGAAAGAUCUACCAAAGAGCCUUUGGAGGUCAGAGUCUCAAGUAUGGAAAAGGAGGCCAGGCUCAUCGCUGCUGCUGUGUCGCAGACAGGACAGGACACUCGUUACUUCAUACGCUUUAUGGACGAUCCCUUCGUUAUGACACCAGUUAUUUCGUGGAGUACUUUGCUUUGGACCUGCUGAUGGAAAAUGGAGAGUGUAAAGGAGUUAUUGCUCUCUGCAUGGAAGAUGGAUCUAUUCACCGCUUCAGAGCCCAGAACACUGUCAUUGCUACUGGGGGUUAUGGAAGAACCUUCUUCAGCUGCACCUCUGCUCACACUAGUACAGGAGAUGGGACUGCAAUGGUGACCAGAGCAGGCCUGCCCUGCCAGGAUUUGGAGUUUGUACAAUUUCAUCCCACAGGGAUCUAUGGAGCGGGGUGUUUGAUCACAGAGGGCUGCCGUGGUGAGGGAGGGAUUCUGAUCAACAGCGAAGGAGAGCGCUUCAUGGAGCGCUACGCACCUAACGCCAAAGACUUGGCCUCCAGAGAUGUUGUGUCCCGCUCCAUGACCAUAGAGAUAAGAGAGGGCAGGGGCGUCGGUCCAGAGAAGGACCACGUGUUCUUGCAGCUUCACCAUCUGCCCCCUCAGCAGCUGGCCAGUAGGCUGCCUGGUAUCUCUGAGACCGCCAUGAUCUUUGCUGGGGUCGAUGUCACUAAAGAGCCCAUCCCAGUCCUGCCCACUGUUCAUUACAACAUGGGUGGAAUACCCACAAACUACAAGGGGCAGGUGAUCACUCACGAAGGCGGCGAAGACAAAGUGGUUCCUGGACUCUAUGCCUGCGGUGAGUCCGCCUGUGCCAGCGUCCACGGCGCCAACAGGCUGGGCGCCAACUCCCUGCUGGAUCUGGUCGUUUUUGGAAGAGCCUGUGCGCUCACAAUCGCAGAGCAACACAAACCUGGAGAAAAACUGUCCCCUCUGAAGCCCAGUGCAGGAGAGGAGUCUGUGGCCAACCUGGACAGGCUGAGGUUUGCCAAUGGAAGCCUGAGAACCUCUGAGAUCAGGCUCAACAUGCAGAAGACCAUGCAGGCUCAUGCAGCAGUGUUCCGUACCGGCCCCGUUCUGAAGGAGGGAUGUGACAAGAUUGAUGCCAUUUACCAGACUCUGGAUGAUGUCAAGACCUUUGACAGAGGCAUUGUGUGGAACACUGACCUGGUGGAAACACUGGAGCUGCAGAAUCUAAUGCUAAACGCUGUCCAGACCAUCAAUGGUGCAGAGCAGAGGAAGGAGAGCAGAGGAGCCCACGCCAGAGAAGAUUUUAAGGAUCGUGUUGAUGAGUAUGACUACUCUAAGCCCCUGCAGGGUCAGGAGAAAAAACCCUUUGAUCAGCACUGGAGAAAACACACUCUGUCUUUUGUUGACCCCAAAACUGGAAAGGUGACCCUGAAGUACCGCCCAGUUAUUGAUAACUCCCUGGAUGAACAGGACUGUGCUCGUGUCCCUCCUGCCAUUCGUUCUUACUAAGAUCUCCGUUCCUCUACUUUCCCUCCUCCACAGCAACAUUUUUCAAAUAGUUCAGAAAACUAAUAUUUCUGUAAUAGUAAUGAUGAAACAAAUUUUGCUUUUGGUUGCACAAUUACAUGCAUUUAGAAUAGCUUGAGGAUACUUAUGGUUCAUUUCAUCCUUAAAUUCUUUUAAUUGUGACUCAUUGCAUUUGAAUCUGACUGAACAUAAAUACUGAAAGUCACGUCGUUGUAUGCAGUAACUACUACGUGUCAGUGGAUUUGCGGUUGGCUGUGUUUGUAUACAUGCGUGUGGAAGAGUAUGAGCUAAAUUUAGCACAUGCAGGAUGGGAGUGUACUAUGGGAAACACUAUUUCUGGGAGCUAACGUACGUCAAGGUUACCACAAAACAUUAAGCCAAGAAUAUUUGGCUCAUUUCCCCAAACCUUUGAGGAAAUGUGCUUGGUUGAAAUGAACCACAAAUAUCCUAAUAUGCAGAUUGUCUUGAAUCUAUUUGUGCCACCUUGUUUUUAUCUUCCAUGCGUGUGUUGCCUUGUUUUUAAUAUACUUGCAGUGUGGGUGUCAACAUGGUCGCAUGGGCUCACACGCUGUGUGAUCUGGUUGCUGUAUGUCAUAAGGCACUAGAAGUGGCAUAAUCCUGUGACAACGGGACAUUUUAGCAUCCAUAAGAUCUAAAAUGAUAGUAGAGCUCUUUGUUUCCUGUGCCACCUUUGAUUACGCUACAGUCUCCUCUCCUACGCUGUGCAGUGUAUUAGAUGCUUAUUUAAAUACAACUUUGGAAGAUGAAGGAAGGGAUUGUAAUUUCAAACACAUGUCACCAUCAAGAGUCGGAGCAAGUAAUAAAUCUGUAAAUAUUUCAAAUGUACAAUAAACAAUUGCAAGCUACCGUAAAUUGUAUCAACUUGUUAAAUGAUUAUGUUGUCUUUCUGCAGCUUCAGUUUCAGGUAGGGUUUAUAUUGUUUGAAUUUUUAAAGCAUCUAUCUCAUGUUCACUAUAUUUUCAGCUUAUUGGACCUACAGUAAUCAAGCUGAUGUCUAAUUAUCCAUGUUAAUUCAAUAAAGCAGCUUUACAAAUUA